CCCAAAUUCCGUGCCGAGUGUUUGCAGACCCUCCGGGACGGAGAGGUGGAGGAGGACUCGGCAGCUCCGCCGUCCAUAUACGCUCACGAUCGGCUUUCGGUCCAUGACUUCAUCGAGUAUUUGACAGGAGAGGCCGGGUCGCGUCGGGAAAGCUCUCCAGGACUCUGAAGCUGCUGCAGAGAAUGGGAAUAGGGACACAGGCCAAGGCUUGCCGUUUUGGCUGAAGUAUCAGCAGGACAGUUGUCAGCCCAUCAGCUCCAGUCCCCUCCUCACUCGAGCACACAAGGACAAACAGCCCCCAGCCACUGCUAUGUCCACCGCGGUAGACAUCGCCGGCCCUUCUUCCCCAGACCAGGCCCACAGCAGUGCUAAAAUCCCCAACGAGCCUCUGAGACCGAGCCUGAAGCGGUCCAACCACCCCUACAGCCUCUCCCAUUACAUCUCCACCCCUUCCCCUGCUGUCGAUGUCAAAGGCCUGAUCCAGCCGUCUCCAGCUCAGCAGCGCGCCGCCCAGCCCGGUCACACUAAGCCUCGCCGGGCCCCCUCCUGGCCCGACAUGUGGGAGUCGCCCAGCGGGCUCCACCUGGCCCAUGCUGCAGAGCUGCUGAUGCGUGCCGGGCUGCUGGCUCUCACCCCCACCACCACGGAGCAGGCCAGCCUGGGCACCCAGAGCAGCCAGCCAGCUCAGAGGGAGGCUGCAGAGGCCAAGGGGGGAAAGGGGGACGGAGAGGGAGGUGGAUCUGGGCCUGAGGAGGAGGAAGAGGACUCCACUGGUUGUAGCACUGACUUCCAACCCUUCCUCGGCGCUUGGUUUCCCUUUAGCCCCGCUCUCUUCCCCCUGGCGGGCUUUCAGAUGGGGGGAGGUCACUGGAGGAGUGCAGCCAUGGGAGCCGAAGGUAUGGAAGGGCUGGUGGCCGAAGGUUACUCCCCCAGUUCUCUGGGUGGGGGCAGCGGAGGGAGAAGGAAGAGGAAGAGGUGCGGGGAGUGCGUACCUUGCCGACGUCAGACGAACUGCGAACAGUGCAGCAGCUGCCGCAACCGCAAGAGAGGACACCAGAUCUGUAAAUACAGGAAGUGCGAGGAGCUGAAGAGGAAGCCUGGGGGCCCCGGGUUUGAGAGCAGAGUGUCCGGGUUUGACCUGAGGGGGUCCGACUUUACUUUGGGUCUGGCACAGGAGAGGAGCAGCGGGGCCUUGGAUGGAUAGUGACGUGCACGUUGGCAGCAGGUGGGCGAUUGUUUGGGAGCUGGAGGUCGGAGCAGCACACACAGGACACCAGUCAACACGCUCAGACUGGGAACCAGCACCUCCAGACCCGGAGCCGCAGCUCCGCUCCAGAAUGUCCACACUCGUUUCCAUCCUUUCUUUUGACAAUCAGAGAAUUGUGAGAGGAGAAGAAGAAGGAUACCAGCGUGUGUCAAUGUUACGACGACAACAACGUGCUGUAAAUAACUGUAAAUACCUGGAAGGCAUACGUCUUUUCUACAUUGUUUUCCAGUUUGGAUGUAUCGUGCUCGAAGGACGUGUUUCUGACAGUUCUGCUUGUUGUUCUGGCGUCGCUGCUUCAGUAAGAAACGAGCGAGUUCGGCCUCGGCUAAAUUAUUUCAUGUGCAACUUGUUCUGUAUAGCUCUGUUUGCCUUUUCAAAU